AAGGACCACCGUGUCCGCCGCCUUUGUCCUGCAUCUGCCAGUGGAGCGCCCGCACCGCCAUUGGCUUCGCCUUCCCCCGGCUCUACCUGUCUCAUCCCGGGGAUCUGCGUCGGCAGUCACUAGCCGCCCCGCCAGCCCAGGAAGUGAAGCAGGCUCCCAGCAAGGCAGCAACCUCGCAGACAGAACGGGGAGGAAAAUGAAGCUCCCGAUUUUCAUAGCAGACACGUUCACGGCAACAGCUUUCCAGGGCAAUCCUGCUGCCGUCUGCCUCCUGGAAAAUACAUUGGAUGGUGAUUCUCAUCAACUCAUUGCACGAGAAAUGAACCUCUCUGAAACCGCGUUUGUUCGAAAACUGCAACCAACGGACAACUUCACACAAAGUUCCCACUUUGGACUGAGGUGGUUUACUCCAGAGAGUGAGUUCCCGCUGUGUGGUCACGCCACCCUGGCCUCUGCCGCUGUGCUGUUUCACAAAAUAAAGAACACAAACAGCACUCUCACCUUCACCACUAUGAGCGGGGAGCUAAAGGCCAGAAGAGCAGAGGACGGGAUUGUCUUGGACUUUCCUCUCUACCCAGCCUUCCCCCAGGACUUCCAUGAGGUGGAAGACUUGAUAAAGGCAGCCAUAGGGGACACCCUGGUCCAGGAUAUCCGGUACUCUCCAGACACCAAAAACCUCAUGGUCCGGCUCAGCGAUUCUUACGACAGGUCCUUUCUGGAGACCCUGAGGGUGAACACAGAACCUCUGCCUCGAAUGGAAAAGACAGGGAAGGUGAAAGGACUCAUUCUCACUCUCAGAGGAGAGCCUGGGGGGCAGACACCCCACUAUGACUUCUACUCCCGGUACUUUGCACCAUGGGUUGGUGUGGCUGAAGACCCGGUAACAGGGUCUGCCCACACUAUUCUUGGCCCCUACUGGUCUGAGGAGCUGGGGAAGAAAGAGAUGCGAGCCUUUCAGUGUUCCCGCCGAGGAGGAGAACUGGACAUUUCCCUGCGACCUGAUGGACGAGUUGACCUGAAGGGUGGCGCUGCUGUUGUCUUAGAGGGCACGCUGACGGUCUAGAGACUUAUGCUGGGCUGUGGCCACCACUAAACACAGUGUUUUCUCUACACUACAAAACAAACCAAAAACUAAACCAACAGCAAAUGCCCAGAGCUGGCUUCAGCAAACCCACUGACCAGUGCCCUCGACUCUCUCAUGAAGAAGAGAAAGGAAAGAGAGUUGAUGGAGGCAAGACAGCGUCUCCAGACUCCUUAACUGAUGAAGGGCUCUGCCUGUGUGCAUCUUCAGGAACCCACAGCGGGCAGCGAUGCUGCCAAUCAAAAUGAAAGAGCCAUUGAUAAGAAUGGGGAUGAAAUUCAGAUUUGGGCGUGGGUACCCGAUAGAAGAUUUUACAGCUAUAUAUAUACUUUCAAUUUAAAGACAGAGUCUUACAGUACAGCCCUGGUCGGGAAGAAGCUCUCUAUGUAGACCAGGCUACCCUCCGGCCGACAGAUAUCUGCCUGCCUCUGCCUCUCGAGUGCUGGAUUGAUGAUAUGUGCUCUCGUGCCCAGACUCAUACCCUUCUAAUACACACAUUAACUCUGUGGAAAUGCAGAUCGAACACUAACGAGAACAGCCUGUGAACUGUCAGGGAGGCCAUACUACGGCUGUGGGGAAUAUGGAGUCACAUGACUGUGAAGACAGCAAAGGGAAACAGUUUGGAUGGGAAGAUGGAGAGUAAUCUUAGUGUCUCAGUGCCUCUCAGGACAAAACCCAGGAACUUCAAACAGUGAGUGUCUGAUUAGAUUAUGUGAUGACUCAAAUAAACACUGAGAACAGUGUGACCUCUGGCCAUUUGUCCCUCUGUGUCUUGAGAAUGGUAACCAAAGUCUUCUCUUAGGGCUGGAGAGAUAGCUCAGAAGUUAAGAGCUCUGACUACUCUUCCAGAGGUCCUGAGUUCAAUUCCCAGCAAUCAGAUGCUGAUUGACAACCAUCUGUAAUGAGAUCUGGUGCCCCCUUCUGGCCUGCAGGCAUACAUGCAGGCAGAACACUAUGUACAUAACAAAUAAAUCUUUAAAAAAAAACUUUUCUUGUUUAAUAAAGUGUGACUUAACUUAACUUUGAAUUU